AUGUCUUUGUCACUACCGCCUCAGGGUGACAGCCAGCAAGUCAUGUCUUCAAUAUCACCGCCUCAGAUUGACAUUGUCAUACCCUCGGGAAGCGUGUCGCAUGAGUUCGAGUCGUGGCCCACUCCAACUGAAAACUCUUCUGCGGUAGUCGCGGCAGAGCCGAUACCCCAAGUCGUGACGGAUCUGACCACAAAGCAAGUUGCAGCAGAGUCAACCACAGAUCAGGUUUCAAUAAAGUCUACACCAGACCAAGUCACAACAGAGUCGGCCACAGAUCGAAUUGCAGCAAAGAUGCUCUCAAAAGAAGUCACAGCAAUAUCGUUCCCCGACCAAGCCGCAAUCAAGUCGAUCCAAAAUCAAGUCACGACAGAACCAACCCCAGUUCAGAUCGCAACAAAGCCGGCCCCAGACCAUGUAGACUCAUCUGAACACUGUGGCUUUUCUGUAAAACGAAGCUUCCCCAAGCGCUUCCAGAAAAUCCUGGUCACGACCCGCUUGAAGAGACGCAAGCCUAAAGCGCGGAUGCCAAUAGACCAGUCAGACGAAGAACCGAGACAGCCAGAAGCACCGGGGUCGCCAGACGAAUCAGACGAGCCUCCAAGGAUCCCGGGUCCAAGAGGGCGAAGUAUAGCCUCAAAGAUACCAUCUCACAUAAAACUAUCCUCGCUGCACGAUGACGGCCAAGGCUGCUGGACAGAUGAGUUCGGAUACAUUUACCGCAGCGGUAUCGAUAUGUCCAUCUCGCAUCUCAGUCUUGGCGAGGAGAGUAGGGUUCCUCGUGCUCCCGAUGUACCAGAUGAUCGUGUAGACUCGAGGAUCCCUGCAGGCUCGUUGGGGGCUGCAGGUGGAUUCUCCGAGAAACAAGAUCUAAGGGAUGAUGGAGCUCCUGGUCGUGCACCUCGCGUCUCCGAGGACGAACACCGACAAGCUAUUCUUGAGGACCAGCGUGUAUUCGAGCUCGAAGCCAUAGAAGCUGUCCUUGAAAGCCAUGAUGUAUCGGGAGAUGGAGUAGUCGAUAUCGGCGUUAAUGACAGCAACGAUGCUGAGAGCAGUUGUUGUGAUGCUGGAGGUUGCUGCAGUGAUACAGGCGAUGAGUGA